AUGGCCACCAUCUGGAGGGGUCAGCAGCAGCGGGCGAAGCUCGGGAGCCGGCGCUGCGCUGAGAUGAUGACUCGCAGGGGGCCGGCAAUUGAUGAGCUGAUGGUUGACCUGAUUGAUGGUGACCUCCACCGCCUGCUGCUUCCCGAGCCCGCCGCGCCGCGGUUUGGUGGGGGAGCAGCAGCCUCCUCCCUCGCCGCGGUCGUGGCUGACAGCCGAGCCCAGGAACCGUCCCUGGCCCCCACACAGGAGGUCCUGGAGCCAGCGCUGGCAUCACGGCGGCCGGCGCAGAGCCUGGCCGGGCUGCGAUUUUUCAGCCCCAUCUACCCCGCCCCCGGCAAGAAGCGGGGCGGGCUGUGGUGGACCUACCUGCUCAGCCUCAUCUUCAAGGCCGGCGUGGACGUGGUCUUCCUGUACAUCUUCUACCGCUUCUACAGGACCUACACCCCGCCCCGGGCAGUGAAGUGCGAGCUGACCCCCUGCCCCAACGUGGUGGACUGCUUCAUCUCCCGGCCCACCGAGAAGACCAUCUUCACCCUCUUCAUGGUGGUCACUGCCUGCGUCUGCGUCGUGCUGAGCCUUGUCGAGGCUGCCUACCUGAUCGGCAAGCGGUGCCGCGAGUACCUCCUGGCCAGCAGCGCAGCGAGCCGCCGGCACAGCCAGGACUGCACGCUCCCCCACGCUGAGCCCACCGGCAUGGGGGGGCAGGUUUUCCACGGGGUGGACUACAAACCCCCCACGGUCUCCAUCCCCCCGACGGCCACCAGCCCCAGCACGCUGCCCGAGGAGGAGGCUCUUCUCUAG